UGUAUAUUAAAGAUUUUUCGAUUCACGCCAUCAAUUCAGUGGGUGCAGCCUUAUCUACUCAGAAUUUACACAUAAGUGGCUCUACUUCAAAAUCGAAAUGGAGGUUCUCCAGCAAUGGGGGCACCUCAUGGCAUAACGGUGUGGUGGAAGCCAGCAAGUUCAUAUUGAAUGGCUGGGGAAAGUACUGCAGUUGGGGCAGAGGCAGCCAGGGCCGUUCUUGAGGCAUCAGCGUCAAUCACUGGAGGGGCCCUCUCAGUCUCAUUGAAAAUUGACAGCCCCAUUGUGGCAGGAGUUGCCUUGGCAGCGGGUGCGGCGGUGACGUUGGGUGCAUUUUAUUUACGUUACAGGUGGAAAACAGAAAAUGCGAUUAGAAAUAGCCUAGAAAGAAUGAAUGCGAUUGGAGCAGCUGAUCCUGAGGUCAUAAAUAUUGAAGAAGGUUCCAUCAUUGUGAAACUCCAUUGCCAUACACCGCAGAGUGUACUACAAUUUGUGAAGGACUUUAAGGAGAAGAAAGUGAAGCGUCGAUUGGAAGAAGAGCUAAAAAAAAUUGGAUUUGACAAAGAGUUAGAAGUAACUAUCGUAAAUGGCCAAGAGGUAUUCCAGAGAGAACAAGAACUAAGGUCUUUACUUGAACCUCAAGAAGACGUAAAAGUAACUGUUGAGGAAGUUAGCCUAGAGGAGACGAAGAGUAUGGAAGAACGGCUCAAGGAGAUAGAAGACCAGUUAAAGGAGAUGAAAGACAAAGAGAAGAAGUUGGAAGAUCCAUGGAAGAGUCCAGAAG